AUGGCCCGCCUGCUGGGCACCCUGCGCAGCUCCCAGCCCGUGGCGCGCUUCCAGCGCUCCUGCGGGCUCUUCCCCGCCGGCGAGGAGGGCGGCGGCAGCGACCCCGCGGACGGGUCCCGGGACGGCGGCGCCUGCAAUGGGGCGGCCGCGCUGCGCUGCCGAGCGGCCGCCGGGCGCGGCCCCCCCGGCGGGGUGAGGAGCGGCCCCGGCCCGCAGGGCUGCACACAGAAGUAUAUUGUGAAGAACUACUUCUACUACUACUUGUUCAGGUUUUCAGCUGCUUUGGGUGAAGAGAUUUUUUAUAUCACUUUCCUUCCAUUUACCUACUGGAAUAUUGAUCACUCCGUAUCUAGAAGAAUGAUAAUUGUUUGGUCUAUAGUGAUGUACAUAGGCCAGGUCUCCAAGGACAUCCUGAAGUGGCCUCGGCCUCUCUCACCACCUGUCGUCAAGCUGGAAAUGAGGACGAACGCGGAGUAUGGAAUGCCUUCCACCCACGCCAUGGCAGCCACAGCCAUCUCCUUCUCCUUUUUCAUCGCAACCAUGAACCAGUACAAGUAUCCAUUUGAACUUGGCCUGGUAGCAGCGUUUGUGUUUUCGACCCUGGUGUGUCUCAGCAGGCUCUACACGGGGAUGCACACAGUCCUGGAUGUGAUCGGUGGAGCACUGAUUUCGGCCGUGCUGCUCGUGCUCUUGUAUCCUGCGUGGGACAUGAUAGAUCACUUGCUGUUAACUAGUCCCUUCUGCCCACUGCUUUCCAUAGUUGUGCCUCUUCUCUUAUGUUACAACUACCCCAAACUAGACUAUUACAGCCCUACUAGGGGAGACACCACUACUAUCUUAGGGGCAACAGCUGGAGCAACUGUGGGAUUUUGGUUAACCAACCAGUACACUGCACCAGUCUAUGCCAGCAAAAGUUUGGAGCUUGGAUUUCCUCUGGUCACCAGCAAAUUGGUGGUUGUGCUAGCCAGGUUCUUUGUAGGCAUCUUAGUUGUUCUACUGACGCGCUGGCUCAUGAAGAGCGUGGUCCUUGGUGUGCUGGGUUAUCGGUACAAGUUUCCCAUUCGUGACCUGGAAGCCCGGAGACGACUGGAAGUUGAAGUGCCCUAUAAGUUUAUCACGUACUCCUCAGUUGGCUUCACAGCUACCGUGAUUGUGCCGCUGCUGCACGAGCUGUUGGGGCUGAAGUGAGCUCAGCACCUUCCUCACUGAGCGACGGGCGGCACCACCACUUCAGAGAUGUGAGAACUCCAUCAAGGCUGGUAACUUGACCAAAAAGUGUUUUGUGCCUUUCUGCACUGGUGUGGUGGGUUGACUCUGGCUGGAUGCCAGGGGCUCACCAAAGUCGCUCUGUCACUCCUCAGCUGGGCAGGGAAAAGAAAAUAU